AUGGGUCAAUGGUCUGAGCUUCCGGAGCAAUUUUUGGAGGCCAUAGAUGAGCGCGUCGUUCUUUAUGUUGAUAAAGUUCGACUCCGUUCUGUUUGUGCGUCGUGGCACUCAACUUUGCCGAAGCUGCCUCACCAAAAAUUCCACCAAUCUCCAUGCCUACUGCUUCCAUCUCGUAAUAAUAGUGUCAGGACUUGUGGAUUGUUCAGCCCACUUGAUAAGAAGUUUUAUCACUUGGAGUUGCCUGAGCUAGCUGAAGGCAGGUUGUUCAUAGGAUCCUCCCAUGGUUGGGUGGUUACUUGUGAGGACAGUUCCUCAUUACGGCUCUUUAAUCCACUCACAAGGGCUCAUCUAAAACUUCCACCAACGUCUUGUUUUCCCGAUAUCGAAAAAUAUUAUUCUAGUGAUUCGGGUUACGAGUAUGCUCUGCGGGAUUAUUUGGGCCAUGCAUAUACGUUAAGUGCAAGGCAUGUGCGAGACCAUUUUAUGCAUAAGAUUAUCCUAUCGACAAGUCCCGCCAACGAUUGUUGGGAUUAUUUUCCCUAA